ACACGGUGUUAAAGUCGCACAGUCUUAGAGGUGGGGAAGGGUGGGUGAACGCAGAGAGAGAGAGAGAGAGAGAGAGAGAGAGAGGAUGGAGCUAGAACAUUUCAGCCACAUUCAUCGUCUGAUUUACAGUGAAAAUCAUGACGAGCGAGUUGCUUGCUGCGGGUGUAAGAAGGAAAUAUCAGGUCCUAACUACAAUUGUGCCAAAUGUAGUUUCUUUCUUCAUAAGAGAUGUGCAGAGCUGCCCAGAGAGAUCAAGCAUCCCUUGCACAGCAAACACCCUCUUGCCCUCUUCAUGGCUUCAACAUAUCCUUCAGGACAAGGCGUGUGUGAUCUUUGCGACAAAUCUUUGGACAACUUGGUCUAUAAUUGUUCUCUGUGCCAAUUCGACCUCGACAUCCAAUGUGCCUUGCAGCCAUGCGUGACUGGUACAUCUGCAGGGAAUCGCGGUCAUCAAUUCAUUCACUUAAUCAGGUCAAUCCGUGUCCCAUUCACUUGCGAUGCAUGUGGUGUGGAAGGGACUCAAUCUCCUUAUUUAUGCACUGUGUGUCAAGUUAUGGUUCAUAAAAAAUGCAUUGAUCUGCCAAAAACUAUCAGAAUAACAGAGCAUGCACAUGUAAUUACCCACUUCUAUUUCCUUCAAGAAAGUAAUGAAUUGGCCCAAAUAUGUGGAAUUUGUCAUGCCCAAGUGGACAUAGACCAUGGGGGUUAUUAUUGUUCAGAUUGUGGAUAUGGUGUUCAUGUGAAUUGCGCCUUACAACAUAACAUAAGGGUUGAAGAUGAAGCUGAUCAAGAUCACAACCUAAAUAUUAACGCCCUCAAAGAUUCAUCCCUAGAGUCACAAGUUGCUAUGGGCGAGGAAGAAGUGGAAACAGAGAACAAACAUUUCAGUCAUGAACAUGGAUUAAGCAUCAUUGAUGAGGUUGGAGGCAACAAACGCUGUGAUGGGUGUAUGUUACCCCUGUCUGCUCCAAUCAACGGUUGUUCACAGUGUGAUAUGUUCCUUCACAAGGAAUGUUCUGAAUUACCUACCAAGAAGAAGCACCCACUUCAUCAACACUCGCUCAAUCUCCUCUCAAAGGCACAAACAGUUGAUGGCUUGUUCAAAUGUGAUGCUUGUGAUCAAUAUUGCCAUGGAUUUUGCUACCACUGUGACAAAUGUGAUUUCUUUAUUGAUGUUCGAUGCUCUGUCAUUACGGAAAACCUUAAACAUCAUGGACAUGAUCACCUCCUCCGCUUAGUCAAAGGCCAAAGAAGCUACGGUUCUUAUUGUAGUGCUUGUUAUUGUGGUAAGUUCACCUAUUUUGACUGCACUAAAUGUGACUUCUCGUUGGACUUUAGAUGUGCUAGUUUGCCAAGUUCGGUUAGUCACAGAUUUGAUGAGAAUCAUCCUCUUACACUGGACUACAAUUUUGUUAGUGGCAAAGACAUAGAGCAUUACUGUGCGAUUUGCGAGUGGAUAAUAGACCCGGGUUCCCAUAUCUUUGAUUGUGUACCCUGGUUCUAUGGGUGCAGGGAAUGCGAUAUUUCAAUUCAUCCUGAAUGUGUUCUUGGAAGGUACCCAUACAUCAAGUUUGGGGGUGCUUACUUGUAUGACAUUCACCCACAUCCGCUUACUUUAGUCCAAAAACCUUUCGUGAAAGUUCAAAGGAAAAAGCACUACCCUCCAUGUGAUUAUUGUGCUGAGCCCUUUUCUGUUGGUGAAAACAUUGGUGACCCCUGCCAGGACUUGGCUCUUCAGUGCAGCCAGUGUCCUUUCGUCAUCCAUAGGAAAAGUCCUUGUUUUACCCAAAAUGUACAAGAGAAAACUGCUAAUGCAUGAUUAUUUCUUCCUUUGUGCAUGAUUAGCUGUAACUUAUUCUUAAUGCCACUGGAUGCCAUAUAUUUAGUGCCCAA